AUGGCGCUGGCAGGGCCGGGCUGGGGUGACUCUCCUGGUGUAUGGCCCGUCCUGGGCCCCGGAGGCCUAGGCAAGGCCGAGCCUCCACCCGCGCUCCCUUCCUGUCGUCCCCAAUUCUGUGGAGGAACCCCCGGGAAGAAGGGGAAGAAGGAAGGGGGAGCCCAGCAACAGCAGAGAGUGAUGCUGCUGAGCAGGUCUCCGUCGGGGCCCAAGAAGUAUUUCCCGAUCCCGGUGGAACACCUGGAGGAGGAGAUCCGCCUUCGGUCGGCCGACGACUGUAAGAGGUUCCGGGAGGAGUUCAACUCUCUGCCUUCGGGACACGUCCAAGGAGCGUUCGAAACAGCCAACAAAGAAGAGAACCAAGAGAAGAAUAGAUACCCCAACAUUCUCCCCAAUGACCACUCCAGGGUGAUUCUCAGCCUAGUGGAUGGAGUGCCGUGCUCGGACUACAUCAACGCUUCCUAUAUCGAUGGCUACAAAGAGAAGAACAAGUUCAUCGCCGCCCAAGGCCCCAAGCAGGAGACGGUCAACGACUUCUGGAGGAUGAUCUGGGAGCAGAAGUCGGCCACCAUCGUCAUGCUGACCAACCUGAAGGAGAGGAAGGAGGAGAAAUGCCAUCAGUACUGGCCGGAUCAGGGCUGCUGGACAUACGGCAACAUCCGCGUCUCUGUGGAAGACUGCAUCGUCCUGGUGGACUACACCAUCCGCAAGUUCUGCAUUCAGUCG